GAGCGUUGUUGUUGAAUGGUGGUACGACAACAAUGUGGGAUGUGUCUAUGGUCGGCGAAAUGAUGAAAACAGAGAAUUGUCCGAUUGUCUUGGCGUUUAGGAGAAGCUACGAGCUUCGCUAACGUCGCUAAGUGCCCUUCGUAUCCAGUCGUCGAAGCAGUACUGAAGGCUGAAACACGGAAUAUGAUCCUACCGUGGGCCUCAAUCUGUGCUCCCCGGAGCCCUUGCUGCUUCAAAGGGACAAGACACAUGUACAGACUUUCAAGACAGAUUAGAUUUCUUCAAGUUCGACCAAGCUUUGCUGGAAGCGGUGUUCUGUUCUUUUGGGAUGGACGAAAGGCGCGCACCAGCAGAAGGAUGUGUGAUCUUCACGUCAGGCCUCUGCUGCUUGCUCAGCAGAUACGCAACGUCACAAGCUCCAGUGACAAUGGAAAAGAACCACCUGUUAUGUCUGAGGUUCAAGCGACCAUAGUAAAGGCUGUCAGUGGCCAUCGUCGGAAACUGGACGUGACCAAAGACUACACGGAGCGAAACUUUGUGACGCCAGUCCGAGCAAUGAGUGACUAUCUGUUGAAGCCAGGUGAUUUGGACGGAUUGCGGAAGGUUCAGCGGAGGAGUCCUUACGAAGAUGCACCACCAAUAACUGUGUAUUUGCGCCGAGACGUCGAAGCCAGGGCUUUGGAACUGUGGGGUUCGUAUGACGCAUUGCAAAAAGAGCACGAGAGGAGACGCAGAGAAGAGCAAAAGUACCGAGAGAGCGUAUCCAACGUCAAGAGCAUUCUAAAAGAGUACCAACGUGCUGAAAGAGCCAACCAAGAGGCUAAGAGGAGGGAACAAAUCCUUCAAGGUUCGGGACGUGUCGUACACACGGCAUUGGCGAUAAAUUGCCUGAACUUUGCCUUUAAGGGAGUGGCAUGGCUGUACACAGGAUCGCACAGCAUGUUCGCUGAAGCCAUCCACUCGCUGUCGGACACCUGCAACCAGGUCUUGCUGGCUUUUGGAAUUUACAAGUCAAUCCAGCAAGCUAACCCAGAUCACCCUUACGGCUACCACAACAUGCGUUAUGUCUCGUCGCUCAUCAGUGGAGUGGGCGUGUUCUUCUUUGGCGCUGGUCUUGCCUGGUAUCAUGGCAUCAAGGGACUGCUGCACCCCGAACAGCUCGAGUCGCUUUAUUGGGCCUUCUUCAUUCUUGGUGGCUCACUCAUCUCAGAAGGAGGAACUUUCUUGGUGGCUUUCAAUGAGGUGAAGAAGGGUGCUCGUCGAGAGAAGAUGACUAUGUUGGAAUAUGUGAAACGCAGUCGCGACCCGAGCGUCAAUGUGGUGCUCCUCGAAGACAUGGCCGCUGUGUUGGGAGUAACCGUGGCGGCAGCCUGCAUGGGUCUGUCCACAUACCUGGCGGAUCCCAUGUACGAUGCCGUUGGGUCGCUCAUCAUAGGCACCCUACUGGGUUCGGUGGCCGCCUUCAUCGUCUACUCCAACUCGGUUGCGCUGGUCGGCCGCUCCAUUCCUUUCGAUGCCAUGCAGCAGAUCAACAAAGAGCUCGAGAAUGACGUCAUGAUCAGGGCAAUUCACGACGUGAAAGCAACUGAUAUGGGCAACUAUGUCGUUCGUUACAAAGCUGAAAUCGACAUAGACGGACGUGAACUCACAAGGUCAUACCUGGACACGCAGGACAUGGAACUCCUCUUAGAAGAAGUUAUGAACAUAGAGACCAUAGAGCAGUUGGAUGCAUUCAUGCUGAAGCACGGAGAGAACAUUGUGGACCUAUUGGGGGCACAGGUAGACAGAAUUGAAAGCAAUUUGAAGAAACGGCACCCAGAAGUUCGCCAUGUGGAUCUGGAAGUACUUUGAAUAGGCCGGCCUAAGUACUCGGUUGAAUGCAAUAUGCUGUUCAGUGUUUCUGUACAUAGUUUCUGCUUUAAGCGUAGUUGACAAGCAAGUGAACAUAUUAAAAACGUGUGCAUUAGUGGUUGUUGUGUCUUCACUUG